AUGGCUAUUUUUGUCUUUUUUCUCAAAAUCUUAUCUAAUCUUCUCGUUUCCCAUCGUUAUACGACGCAAGACCUAAUUUUCCUUCUUCCUCCUUCUGCCGCCGCCGCUGUCAUGGAAGCGUUAAAAGGGGUUUGUGAUAUCCCUCUCUCUCAACUACCGAAUCCUGUCAUCAAAGGGGACAUACCCUCAAUCACAAUCCCAGAAGAAGAAUAUGAAGCAGGAAUUACUGAAUGUAAAAAUAACCUACAUGGCAGAGUUCUGUGGCCAAAGGGCUCUUCUCCGCUGACGGUAGCUGCGCUUAAGGAAAAACUCUCCACAUCUUGGUCUGAGGUCAAGAACUGGGGAAUGUUAUCUUUGGGAAAAGGAUACUAUGAGUUCACUUUUGCCACCACUGAAGAUAUGCGUAGGGAAUAUUGGAAACCUCGUAUAGUGUUUGCUAUAGCCAGUUGUGUAGGUACACCUAUUUGCAUUGAUGCUGCGUCUUCCAAGUCAAGAAUUGAUCACACCUUUGGGCAAUAUGUAAGGGUCCUGGUUGAUAUGGAUUUAACCAAACCUCUAAAUCACAAUGUGCUUGUUGAAAGAAAAAGUUUUGCGUUCUUUGCUGACAUAGAAUAUGAAAACUUACCUCCUUUCUGUGAUAAUUGCAAGAGGUUGGGACAUGUUAGACAAGAUUGCAAAUUACUUCAGAAACACCCAGCUCCUGCAGCUCCUCGAACCAAAGCAGUUUACAUACUAAAACAAAACAAUAAAUCUGUAGAACCUGUGACAGACACACAUGCGUCUUUGGAAAGAGUGAUUCAGCCGACAAUUGAGAGUCAGGUGCCUGAAGAUCCCAUCAUUGUCCCUAAUCCUCUAAAUUUUAUCUCUCAGCCUCUGGAUGAUUCAGAAACACAACUUACAGAAGUAGUGGAAGCUACUCAUGUCAAGGAGUCUCCAAUGAAUAAUUUUCUCCAUAAUUCCUGGGCGGAACUAGCUGAUCUGGAAGAAGAACAGGUGGAUAAGGAUGGAGCUUUUACUAAUGCAGUCUCUAUCCUAAAAAAGAAACAGGCUGCUAGGAUCAAAGCAAAGCGUGACACGAGGUCUCAAGCAGGGCCUGUCCUUUCUUUACCAUGA